AUGGCCGAGGAGCAGACGCCACCUCAGCAGACGGCGGGACUCGCGGGCCAGCCACAGGCCCUGGGCGGCCGCUUGGCCUCUGCCUUCUGUCUUGGCAGAGUGGACAUGAAGGGGGGGCCUGCUCUAGAACUGGAUUGUUGCCAUAAGACCAAGGCCCUGGGGAGCACAGGGGGCUCCCUGACCCCCAGCCUGAAGCUCAGCCCAGAGGACCAGGUCUUCCCAGCCUGCAUGUCACUUCCAGACACAGAGGACACUUCUGGUCAGUCCCACGCCAGCUGGCUGUGCCCCAUGUCACUGGUGCCAACCCGGUCCACCCUGCUGGCCUGCCCCCAGGGCCGGGACCUCUACCUGUGCACCCUACAGCCUGCGCACCUGAGCACAGCUCCACAGCGCCUGGGACAGGAUAUCUUGAGCACAAGGCGCCAGCCACCAAAGCUCAGUGCCAGCUCCACGGGUGACGAGAAACUCACAGCGAAGUAUCCUCUGACCAGGGACAAGAUGGGAAGCCAGCCAGAAAAAGCUGACGAGGGGGGCCCCGGCCCAGCCGCCUUUCCUCAUAAAAGCUCUUCCCCAACUAGCCGGCAGAAGCGAAAGGGCCCCAGUCCCAGGGCACUCUGUGCCUGCCCCAGUCCCACUCCGGUCUUCAGAGCCCUCCCGGUCCACUUCCGCUCCCUCUGGCCCGCCCGUCCUCUUCCCCUGCCACCAUCUUACCUGCUCACCUAUGCGGCUCUACCUUCUGUCCAGUGUUCCCCCCUCUUCAUGCUGCCCCACGAUGCCUUCUACCCCACAAUGGCUGUGCCCAGCUUGCUGAGGGGUGUCGAUGAGCCUGGGCACUACAGUACCCAGGAGGGGACCCUGCUUCCCUACCUUGGGGUCUCCCAAGCCAAUGAACAUACCCAGCCCUCUCAGGCCCAGAAUCCAGGCCCCAGCAUUGCCAAGACCUACUCUCUAGGGUGGCAGAGGGCUCGCAGGGUGGCUUCGGCAAAACAGGUCUCUUCGGGGUCUCAGGCAGGCACUACAGCGCUGCCCUACCCGCUGAAGAAAGAGAACGGCAGGAUCCUGUAUGAGUGUAACGUGUGUGGCAAGAACUUCGGGCAGCUGUCCAACCUCAAGGUUCACCUGCGCGUGCACAGCGGGGAGCGCCCGUUCCAGUGUGCCCUGUGCCAGAGGAGCUUCACCCAGUUGGCCCACCUGCAGAAGCACCAACUGGUGCAUACUGGGGAGCGGCCCCACAAGUGUCCGAUGUGCCACAAGUGCUUCAGCAGCUCCAGCAACCUCAAGACCCACCUGCGUCUGCACUCAGGGGCCCGGCCCUUCCAGUGCCGUGUCUGCUCAAGUCGAUUCACCCAGCACGCUCACCUGAAGCUGCACCAUCGGCUGCACACUCCACAGCUCCGCAGCCUAGCGCACACCCACCUGCCCCUGGCGUCCCUCGCCUGCCUCGCCCGAUGGCACCCGGGGGCACUAGAUUUUGUGGCAGUGCCACCAGAGAGUCAGAUGGGGUGGGACGUGGACAAGGUCAAGGUGUCUUCGUCACCCCAGGGAAAGCAAGGACAAGCAGCCUAAG